GUUGCCCGGAGACGGAAAGUUUGGGAGCCUGUGCAAGACCGGCGGCGGCCCCGGGGAGGGGGUCCAGGGGGUGGUGACCCUGGGGAUGGGGAAGGAGCAGGAGCUGCUGGAGGCGGCCCGCACCGGGCACCUCCCGGCCGUGGAGAAGCUGCUGUCCGGGAAGCGCCUCUCCUCAGGCUUCGGGGGCAGCGGCGGCGGCGGCGGCGGCGGCUCCGCGGGUGGCGGCGGCGGCGGCGGCGGCGGCAGCGGCCUCGGCAGUUCCAGUCAUCCCCUCUCCAGUCUGCUCAGCAUGUGGAGAGGGCCAAAUGUGAACUGUGUUGACAGCACCGGCUACACACCCCUGCACCAUGCUGCGCUGAAUGGUCAUAAGGAUGUGGUCGAGGUCCUCCUGAGGAAUGAUGCACUUACCAAUGUGGCUGACUCAAAAGGCUGUUACCCUCUGCAUUUGGCAGCCUGGAAAGGAGAUGCCCAGAUAGUGCGGUUGCUCAUCCAUCAAGGGCCCUCACAUACCAGAGUCAAUGAACAGAAUGCUCUUGAGAUCAAAGAACUCAAAAAGUACGGCCCCUUUGACCCUUAUAUCAAUGCCAAGAACAAUGACAACGAGACAGCCCUACAUUGUGCCGCCCAGUAUGGCCACACUGAGGUGGUGAAGGUGCUCUUAGAGGAGCUCACUGACCCCACCAUGCGCAACAACAAGUUUGAGACACCUUUGGACCUGGCAGCACUCUACGGGAGGCUAGAGGUGGUGAAGAUGCUUCUCAACGCACACCCCAAUCUCCUGAGCUGCAACACAAAGAAGCACACCCCUCUGCACCUGGCAGCAAGGAACGGUCACAAGGCUGUGGUCCAGGUCCUCCUGGAUGCUGGCAUGGAUAGCAACUACCAGACGGAGAUGGGCAGUGCUUUGCAUGCGGCUGCUUUGUUUGGCAAGACGGAUGUGGUGCAAAUCCUGCUGGCUGCAGGAAUUGAUGUCAACAUAAAAGACAACCAUGGACGGACUGCCCUUGACACCGUGCAGGAACUGCCCUCUCAAAAGAGCCAGCAGAUAGCAGCACUUAUUAAAGAUCACAUGACUGGAAAAAGAAGUACGAAAGAAAUAGAUAAAGCCUCCACACUCCAGCCGUCUCUCCUCCCUAGUAUUGACUCCAUUGCACAGAAGUCUCAGGGUGAUGUGGAGAAGGCAGUGACUGAGCUGAUCAUUGAUUUUGACACAAAUGCUGAAGAAGAGGGUCCCUAUGAGACCCUGUACAAUGCUGUCUCCUGCCAUUCCUUAGACAGCACAGCCAGCGGGCGAUCAUCUGACCGAGACUCCGUGAAUAAGGAGGCUGAGGCUGCAGGAGCCAGGACUGCUGGGAUGAGGCCUAGGGAACGUCCACCGCCACCAGCCAAGCCACCACCUGACGAAGAAGAAGAAGACCAUCUCAAUAAGAAGUAUUUUCCCUCGACAGCUUCUGAGGUCCUGGCCAUGAGACCCAGAAUUCAGGGGAGUGCGGCCAGGGAAGAAGAUGAACACCCUUAUGAGCUGCUUUUAACAGCGGAGACGAAGAAACCAGCAUCAGUGGAUGAAAGAAUGAAAGACCACAGGCGGAGCAGCAGUAGCCGGAGCCAGGACUCUGCAGAGGGGCAGGACGGGCAGGUCCCAGAGCAGUUCUCAGGUCUCCUCCACGGCUCCUCCCCAGUAUGUGAGGUGGGGCAGGACCCUUUCCAGCUGCUUUCUGCCACCGGCCAAAACUAUCCAGACGAGUCCCCCCAGCAGGGCGCCUGCCACGAGGCCAGCAUGCAACUAGAGGAGACCAGUUUGCACACUCCUGGAGACCCCCAGCCCUGCAUCCUGGACCAGAGCAACCGAGUAGAUUACCCAGCAGGCCUGCCCUCCUCUACCAACAGCCGAGCGCACCCUGAGACUUUGACUCUCAUAGCACCUCUGCACCCUGGUGGUGCUGAAGAAGAAGGAGACCGGAGCGGGGCCAGAAGCCGAGCCCCUCCCACUAGCAAAGCCAAAGCUGAGCUCAAACUCAGCCGCAGUUUGUCCAAGUCUGACUCUGAUCUCCUGACCUGCUCACCUACCGAGGACGCUACAAUGGGGAGCCGGAGUGAGUCUUUGUCCAACUGUAGCAUUGGGAAGAAGAGGCUGGAGAAGUCACCAUCCUUUGCCUCGGAGUGGGAUGAGAUUGAGAAGAUCAUGAGUUCCAUCGGAGAAGGGAUUGACUUUUCUCAGGAACAGCAGAAGAUCUCAGGUUCUCGGACGCUGGAGCAGAGCGUCGGGGAGUGGCUGGAGUCGAUCGGGCUACAGCAAUAUGAGAGCAAGCUGCUUCUGAAUGGCUUUGACGAUGUCCGCUUUCUGGGGUCUAAUGUGAUGGAAGAGCAGGACCUGAGGGAGAUUGGCAUCAGUGAUGCACAGCACCGGCGGAAGUUGCUGCAGGCUGCCCGCUCCCUGCCCAAGGUGAAGGCCCUAGGCUAUGAUGGAAACAGUCCCCCGUCAGUGACCUCCUGGCUGGACUCCCUGGGGCUGCAGGACUACAUCCACUCAUUCCUGGCCAGUGGCUACAGCUCCAUUGACACUGUGAAGAACCUCUGGGAGCUGGAGCUUGUCAAUGUCCUGAAGGUCCACCUGCUGGGCCACCGCAAGCGCAUCAUCGCCUCCCUUGCUGAGAGACCCUACGAGGAGCCGCCCCAGAAGCCUCCAAGAUUCUCCCAGCUGAGAUGCCAAGAUUUAAUCUCCCAGACAUCAUCCCCACUGAGCCAGAAUGAUUCUUGCGCCGGGCGGUCAGCAGACCUGCUGCUGCCUCCAGGGGACACAGGCUGGAGGCGGCAUGACAGUCUACAUGACCCCACAGCAUCCUCUCGAGAACGCUGCCGAGUCCAGGAGGAGCCCCGGGAGGCCAAGCUGACCCUGCGACCCCCCAGUCUGGCUGCCCCAUACGCCCCUGUGCAGAGCUGGCAACACCAACCAGAGAAACUCAUCUUUGAGUCCUGUGGUUAUGAGGCCAAUUACCUAGGCUCCAUGCUGAUCAAAGAUCUGCGAGGGACAGAGUCCACACAAGACGCCUGUGCCAAAAUGCGGAAAUCCACGGAGCACAUGAAGAAGAUUCCCACUAUCAUCCUGUCCAUCACAUACAAAGGUGUCAAGUUCAUCGAUGCUUCCAACAAGAAUGUCAUCGCAGAGCACGAGAUCCGGAACAUUUCUUGUGCGGCCCAGGACCCAGAGGACCUGUGCACCUUUGCCUAUAUUACCAAGGACCUGCAGACCAGCCACCACUACUGCCAUGUUUUCAGCACAGUGGAUGUGAACCUGACCUACGAGAUCAUCCUGACACUGGGGCAGGCAUUCGAGGUGGCCUAUCAGCUGGCUCUGCAGGCCCAGAAGUCCAGGACCUUGGGGGCCUCUGCAGCUGAGAUGAUUGAAACAAAAUCUUCCAAACCGGUGCCUAAGCCUCGGGUCGGCGUGAGGAAGUCUGCAGUGCCGCUGCCCCCUGAUAGUCGCUGUUGUUACUGUCACACCUGCACCACCCACCGUCCUUCCUACCUACCGCUGCCGUCUCUUAGUCCCGGAGUCAAGCUGGAACCACCUGAUACAGACCAAGAGGCCCCAUCUCAUGCCAGUGUCUCCUGGAUUGUGGACCCAAAGCCAGACUCUAAGCGGAGCCUCAGCACCAACUGAGCCACUGAGGAACCGCACUGUGCUGCAGAAACACAGACGUGGGGCGCACAGGCUCCGUCCCCACCACCACCACCUCGCCUGCAGCUCUGAAGACCCAGGCCCAGCCCCUGCCUAUAGGAGCUGCUCUCGGCUGCUUGGCCUGGGCCUGCACCACCAGGUCUUUCAGAGUGAGUCCUGCCCCGGCUGCGGAGACGAUUCCAGGCCUCUAGCCCAUGACACUCCAGAGGGCCAAGAAGUGAUUUGCUCAGAAUACAAAUGUUUUUAAUAGAAAACCUUUUUAUAAAAUGAAAUUUUAAUACUUGGCUCAACCUCUAGGUAAAACUGCCAAUUUGAGACAAACGGCCAGGGGUUCAGAGGACAGAGGAGAACUGAGAGCAGCCAAAAAGGCUGUCUGUGCAGCCCUCUCUCCUUGAUCUUGGCACAGCAGGGCUGUAGGGGCGAGCAGCAUGAGUUGAAGGAGCAGACUCAGGGCAGAGUUGAGUUCUUAGUCUGUUCACACCUAACUUCUCGUCCCUGUUUAGAGCUGGGUAAAAACACAGCCUUACAGGCUUCUGGGCCAAAGCAAAGGUUCCCAUUAUCUUUCUUGGGGCCCACAUGAGAAGGUCCAGUGGCCAAAUAGAAAUGAGCUUGUAGUUUCUGGUGCCUGGAAGUCAGGGUGGUGCAAGGAGCUUCUCUGCGGCUCACUGCCGAUGGCCAGCGACUGCCCCCAGGCUGGCUGCCCCCUGCUCUCGGGCAUCCUGUGCAGCCAAGCUUGAAAAAGAGACGCAGCAGUUUUCAUUUUGGGCAUUCCGGGUAGGUCAGUGAAGAUUGCUGCUUAUCAACUUAUGGCUCAUCUGAGGAGGUAGGUGGACAGGGCUCAUUGGGAUUCUCCAGAUUACUGGUUUGAUUCUCCACAGCUGGACAUAUCUCUGUGCAGGUGUGGGAAAGGCUAGAUCACCUGACAGUCUAUUUGGUUCCCCUCCCCCGCUUUUGUUGCCUUGGGAGUGACUGGCUGUUGUCCUGGCCCAGCCCUGCUGCUCAGAUCUUUCUGUCAGCUUGCUUUGCUUUUCAUAGUGACUUGGGUGAUGGUCUUCCUUCUGGAAUUGAGUAGAAGUGUGGGUGCCUGCUUCCAAUAGGGCAGAGAGGCAAAGCCAAGGCAGCCACUGUCCGGGCCCUUCGAGUGAGGAGCAAUGAGGAGUACUGCCCAUCCCUGCCUCCACCUCAAGUACCUUAUAGGCCUCAGUUCAUCCCAUUCCUGUCAUGGGUACUCGUGCUUCCCAGCAAGGGCUGCAGAUCAUGACUCUGCUGUGCACCUGCGUAGGGAAGCACACCAGACACCCCCCACCGUGGAGGGGCAGAAGUGGAAAGCAGGAACUGUGGGUCUCCUGUUUGCUCCGCACCCAGCACAGCCAGUGCUGGAGUGCACCCCUCUGCAACUAAAAAGGACCUGGAAGUUAAACUUCAUUUCCCACCCUGGCACAGCUUAGACUGUGCAGGAAUCCCCCUGAAGAUGCAUGGCCCUGCUGCUGGGCACCUCUGCCUUGCCCCUCAGACCAGGCACAGCUUGGGCAGCUCUGCUGGAGGGCAUCAGGCCUGAAGGGAGACGUGUAAACACUACCAUGAGUUCCUCAAGCUGUACUGCUUUUAAAUCGCCUGGAGGCAUUUAUUUCCCUUGAAGCUGCUAUAUCUUAUUUAUAUUCAGGGUGUUUUCAUUAUUGGAAAGCCUUGGUCAAUCUGCUCUGGGUCUUGUUUUGUGAUUGGUUUAUUUGUGAAUAUUCCAGAAAGGAAAGUUACUGGACCUGUCCUAUGCUUUCUCUUCCUCCUCCUUCACUGCGCCUUGGGGCCAUCACUCCUGUCCCUAGGAAGAAUAUGGUAACUUUCGAGACAGGUGUCCAGUGGAACAGCCCUAGCUUUCACGCUUCCCCCGAGCACAGGACACACAGGUAUGGGAAACUUGGUCGCCAUGCCUGUAAUGUGAAGGAGCCUGUUCAGGUGGGGAGCUGUAAGACACACUCAGUACCUGUGCUGGCCGCAGGCUCCCUGCUUGCCUCUCCUGUCCCCUCCCAUCCUCUCCGCUCGCCCGCUGCCCUGGGCAGUAGGCCCAGCUCUGCAUCUGUACCGCUGCACUUCCCGCCUAGGGAGAUCCCUGAGAAGCCUUGGGUUGAACAGGCAUCACGCAUAGGUGCGGUCGUCAAGACAUUAGAAACUAGUCUGAACUUGGUCGGUUUUUGAGGUGCCCAGGCCUGCACAACACAGUUCACGAGAACGUUGUUGCUAAUGGCAUGGCAAUGAACUAUAACAAAAAUGUUAUUUAAUCUUUGUCUCCAUAUUUUGAUACUUGAAUGACUUCCCCUUUUGUUUUACUGUACAUAGAAUUGUCUAUCUGUCUGAAUUUGUCUGAAUUAUAAACACCUUGUGGUACCAAACACAGCCAACCUGUGCAACAACAUAGACUGACCUCACUACACACAGUGUAAAUAUUUCUGGGCUUCCAGCUUCGGUUUUGUUAUUUUCGUAACUGUACAAUUUAGAACAGACUGAAUUAAUAAAUGAGAAGCAAUGUCAAA